GAUUUUCUCUAUGCAAUCUAUUUAAGAGCACCGCAUUACCACAACCGCGCAUUGCUUGUGCUCCUUCAAUCCGGUACACCCACAAAGAUGCUCGCCCUCUCACCCAUCUCCGCACCGGCACCACCCCCAAAGCACACCAAGUGCAGAGCCCCAAAGUGUCUCGGAGUCUACUCCUCCCUAGCUGGGUUCCCUUCGUUCCUCCCCAAAGAAAUCGAAAAUAUCAAAGACCCGUUUGCUCGUACGCUCGCCACCAGGAUUGAGAGACUCCCCGUAUCUGUGAGCUUCUCGGAUAAUUGUAUAAUGAGUAGUUGCGUGAGGCCAUUGAUACGGAGCAAGACAAGUCCAGUGGUUCUUCUCCAUGGUUUUGACAGCUCCUGUUUAGAAUGGAGAUACACGCAUCCAUUGCUCGAAGAAGCUGGUUUGGAGGCUUGGGCCGUGGACAUUCUUGGUUGGGGUUUCUCUGAUUUGGAAAGGCUUCCACGUUGUGAUGUGACAUCCAAGCGCGAACACUUUUAUCAGCUUUGGUACUCCUAUAUAAAAAAGCCAAUGAUAUUGGUUGGACCAAGCCUAGGUGCUGCAGUUGCAAUCGACUUUGCAGUCAAUCAUCCUGAAGCUGUUGAAAAGCUGAUUUUAAUUGACGCAAGUGUAUAUGCAGAAGGCACAGGAAGUCUGGCAGAUUUACCCAGAAUAGUAGCAUAUGCCGGGGUAUAUUUAUUGAAGAGCAUCCCGUUGCGCUUAUAUGCAAAUUUUUUGACCUUCACUGGCAUUUCGUUUAGUACCUGCUUAGAUUGGACUAAUGUGGGCCGGCUGCAUUGUCUAUUGCCUUGGUGGGAAGAUGCAACUGUGGAUUUUAUGAUCAGUGGGGGUUACAACGUUAGUUCACAGAUAAAGCAGGUAUAUGUGAAAUUGUUUUGCCACUUAAUUCAACCAGUGUUAGUGUCCUUCAGUUCUGGAUAUAGAAUAGAGCCCUUUUUUGUGCACACGAAGGAGAACAUCUCAUGUGCUUGUUCAUGAAUGGGAGAACAUUCAAUUCAGGAGCUCAUAUAUCCUUAAUUUAUUUUGAGGCAUUUAAUGUGGAAUGCAUGUUAAAAGCCUUUUUUUUUUUUUUUUUUUGCUUCUAUGAGUUUUAUGGCUUCUUUUUUAUAGCACUAAAAAGGUUCAACUCAUUAUUUACUAAAAAAGAAAAAAGAAAACAACCCAUACAGCUGAAAAAAGGGAAAUAUCCCAUUAUGAUGGGUUUUAAACUUGUGUGAUCAUUGUAACUUUUUGGUGGUUCAAAAAAUGGUUGGUAAUGCCCUGUGGAAACUUAUGAAUGAUCUCCAACAGGGGAAAUAUGAUUGGCAAAUGCAAGUCCCUAGCUUUCUUAUCAUGCAUGUUAACUUCAUGCUGCUUCUUCUCAACCUCUUUUUUGGAUCCCAAGUUCCUUCAAAAUUUGUUUUUUUUAAUCAGUAAGUUCCUUUGAAAUUUGUU